AUGGCCAAUAAUGAUAAAAUAAAGAAUCGAGUAUGUUUGGUAGUUAUUGAUGGUUGGGGAUUGAGUACCGAAAGCAAAGGAAAUGCUAUACUUAACGCUAAGACGCCGGUAAUGGAUGAACUUAUUGGCUUGAACUCUCAUCCAAUUCAAGCGUAUGGGUUGCAUGUUGGUCUGCCAGAGGGGCUUAUGGGUAAUUCAGAAGUUGGCCAUUUAAAUAUUGGUGCUGGACGUGUUGUAUAUCAGGAUAUUGUGCGUAUCAAUUUGGCCAUUAAAAAUAAAACAUUGAUUCAUAAUGCACAUUUGAAAGAAGCAGCUAAUCAUGCUAUUAAAGGAAAUGGUCGUAUUCAUCUUUGUGGUUUGGUUAGUGAUGGUGGUGUUCAUUCGCAUAUCAACCACUUGUUUGCGUUAAUAACAGCUUUAAAGGAACUCAAAGUUCCCAAGCUUUUUAUUCAUUUCUUUGGUGAUGGUCGUGAUACGAGUCCUACAAGUGGAGUUGGGUUUCUUGAACAACUUAUUGAUUUCACUAAAAAAGAAAAUUACGGCGAAAUAGCAACAAUUAUUGGACGUUACUAUGCGAUGGAUAGAGAUAAGCGGUGGGAGCGAAUCCGAGUGUGUUAUGAUGCUUUGAUUGCUGGAGUCGGUGAGAAAACGACGGUCGACAAAGCUGCUGAUGUCAUCAAAGCACGUUAUGCGAAGGAUGAAACAGACGAAUUCUUGAAACCAAUUAUUCUUUCGGAUGAAGGGCGAACUAAAGAUGGUGAUACACUGAUAUUCUUUGAUUACCGAGCUGAUCGUAUGCGAGAAAUCACUGAAUGCAUGGGUAUGGAAAGAUAUAAGGAUCUCAAUUCAGAUGUCAAACAUCCGAAAGAUAUGCGACUUUUUGGAAUGACUCAGUACAAAGCAGAAUUUACAUUUGAUUCUCUUUUUCCUCCUGAAAGUCACAAAAAUGUUUUGGCAGAAUGGUUGGCUGUUCAAGGAGUGACGCAGUUUCAUUGUGCGGAAACUGAAAAGUAUGCUCAUGUCACAUUCUUUUUCAACGGUGGUGUUGAAAAACAGUUUGAAAAUGAAGAGCGCUGUUUAGUACCAUCACCGAAGGUCGCUACGUAUGAUCUUCUACCUCCAAUGAGUUCAGCAGGAGUAGCUGACAAGAUGGUGGAACAGCUUGAUGCAAAAAAGCACCCGUUUAUUAUGUGUAAUUUUGCACCACCUGACAUGGUCGGACAUACUGGUGUUUACGAGGCAGCUGUAAAAGCUGUUGAAGCAACUGACAGUGCAAUCGGACGGGUAUAUGAAGCUUGUAAAAGAAAUAAUUAUAUUCUAAUGGUUACUGCUGAUCAUGGUAACGCUGAAAAAAUGAUGGCAGCCGAUGGUAGUAAGCAUACUGCGCAUACAUGCAAUUUAGUACCAUUUACUUGCUCGUCGGAUAAAUUCAAAUUUAUCAAUGAGUUGCCGGAUCGAGAUAUGGGUCUUUGCGAUGUUGCCCCAACUGUGCUUAAAGUGAUGGGUCUGCCGAUACCUUCUGAAAUGACUGGCAAACCGUUGGUUAUUGAGGCAUGA